UCCUCUCCUCUCCUCUCCUCUCCUCUCCACUAUGUUAUCCCGCAUCCCUACAGUCCUCCUAGCUGUGUUGUGUCGGUGUGUGCUAGUGUCUCUGGGGGUGGACCCCCCUCACCCCCGUCGAGAGAUCCGGAUCGAGGGAGACCUGGUCCUGGGGGGGCUGUUCCCGGUCCAUGAGAAGGGGGGAGGGAUAGAGGAGUGUGGCAGGGUAAACGAGGACAGGGGGAUCCAGAGGUUGGAGGCCAUGCUGUUUGCUAUAGACAUGAUCAACUCUGAUCCUACUCUACUGCCUGGAGUCAGUCUGGGAGUUCACAUACUGGACACCUGUUCUAGAGAUACGUACGCACUGGAACAGGCGCUGGAGUUUGUGCGUGUAUCUCUGACCAAGGUGGACGAUACAGAGUUUAUCUGUCCUGAUGGAUCCUACGCUCUACAGGAAGACAUUCCCCUGGCCAUUGCUGGAGUUAUAGGAGGAUCCUAUAGCAGUGUGUCUAUACAGGUGGCCAACCUGCUGCGCCUCUUUCAGAUCCCUCAGAUCAGCUAUGCCUCUACUAGCGCCAAGCUCAGCGACAAGACACGCUAUGACUACUUUGCCCGCACGGUGCCCCCUGACUUCUACCAGGCCAAGGCCAUGGCAGAGAUCCUGCGGCUGUUCAACUGGACCUACGUGUCCACGGUGGCAUCAGAGGGAGACUACGGAGAGACGGGCAUUGAGGCCUUUGAACAGGAAGCCCGUAUGAGGAACAUCUGCAUCGCUACCUCUGAGAAGGUGGGCCGCUCUAACGCUAAGAAGUCCUAUGAGGCAGUGAUCAGGCAGCUCCUCCAGAAGCCCAACGCCCGCGUGGCUGUCCUCUUCCUGCGCAGCGAUGAUGCUCGGGAACUCCUCUCUGCUGCUGCUCGACUUAACGCUACCUUCAUCUGGGUGGCCAGUGACGGCUGGGGGGCACAGGAGAGCAUUGUCAAGGGCAAUGAGGCCACAGCCAACGGGGCCAUCACCCUGGAGCUGGCGGCCAAUCCCGUGCCGGCGUUCAACCGCUACUUCCUGUCUCUGGAUCCAAUCAACAACCACCGCAACCCCUGGUACCGAGAAUUCUGGGAGCAGAAGUUCCAGUGCUCGCUUGGAGGAGGGGGUGGAGGAGUAGGAGCUGGGGCAGGAGGAGUAGGGUCGGGGGGAACUGUGUCUCUCUCUCUCCCUCCAUGUGACAAGGGUGUGUUGGUGGAUGAUAGUAACUUUGAGCCGGAGUCCAAGAUCAUGUUUGUGGUGAAUGCGGUAUACGCCGUGGCCCACGCCCUCGAUAAGAUGCAGAGAACACUGUGUUCCAACACCAACAAGCUCUGUGACAGCAUGAAGGCUCUGGAUGGACGUAAGCUCUACAGAGACUACCUCCUCAACAUCAGCUUCACAGCUCCCUUCUCUCCUCCCGGUAGUGAGACCGUGGUGAAGUUUGAUGCCUACGGCGACGGGAUGGGACGCUACAACAUCUUCAGUUACCAGCACAACGCUGAUCGCUACGGAUACGUGCCCAUUGGUGAGUGGGCGGAGACUCUGAGCCUGAGCAGUGACCUGAUUCGCUGGCCAAGGGAGGUGGUGCCCCCAUCCCAGUGCAGCGACCCGUGUGCCCACAACGAAAUGAAGAAGAUGCAGGCUGGAGAGUACUGUUGUUGGAUCUGUACGGCAUGUGAGGCUCAUGAGUACCUAGCUGAUGAGUUCACCUGUUCGCCCUGCGCCCCUGGCCAGUGGCCCAGUGAAGACCUAAUUUCCUGUUACGACCUGCCUGAGGACUACAUCAUGUGGGAGGAUGCCUGGGCUAUUGGACCAAUCAGCAUCGCCGUUGUUGGGUUCCUGUGUACAUCUCUGGUGUUCUGGGUGUUUGUGAGACACAACAGCACGCCCCUGGUGAAGGCGUCAGGCAGAGAGUUGUGUUACAUUCUACUGCUGGGUGUCUUCAUGUCCUACUCCCUCACCUUCCUCUUCCUGGCCAAGCCCUCGCCUGCUAUCUGCGCCAUGCGACGCCUCGGCCUCAGCACCUCAUUCGCUGUCUGCUACUCUGCCCUGCUCACCAAGACCAAUCGGAUCGCCCGGAUCUUCAGUGGGGUGAAGGACGGGGGCGGGACCACAAAGCCGCGCUUCAUAAGCCCCACGUCCCAGGUGUUUAUCUGUCUCAGUCUGAUAUCGGUCCAGUUAGUGAUGGUGUCAGUGUGGUUGCUGCUGGAGGUUCCUGGUACCAGGAGGUUUACGUUACCGGAGCGACGGCAGACAGUGAUCCUGAAGUGUAACGUCCGUGACUCCAGCAUGCUGCUGUCGCUAGGAUACGACGUGCUCCUGGUCAUCCUGUGUACUGUGUACGCCUUCAAGACCAGGAAGUGUCCAGAGAACUUCAACGAGGCUAAGUUCAUAGGUUUCACCAUGUACACAACCUGUAUCAUCUGGCUAGCCUUCCUGCCCAUAUUCUACGUCACAUCCAGUGACUACAGGGUCCAGACCACCACCAUGUGUAUCUCUGUCAGUCUCAGUGGUUUUGUGGUGCUGGGCUGUAUGUUCGCUCCCAAGGUCCACAUCAUCAUGUUCCAACCACAGAAGAACGUCACCAGUCUCCGCCUCAAUAUCAACCGCUUCAGUGUCAGUGGUCCUGCCACCACGUACGCUUCACACGCAUCGCAGGCAGAGGAGCAGGAUUAUAUAAAAGCGUCCCACGGCCCAGAAGGCACAGCAUCAUGUUCAGCCCAGACACACACUAACACGGCCCAGAGAUUGGAAGGCUGUUGUCCUGAGGCUUAUGCAUUCACUCCCCAGCCCUGCUCCAACCAGACACUAUAACCUCCCAUCCACUCCUCUCCCUGCAUGGCACGUUGCUAUGGACAACCACUGCCACAUCCACAAUUCCUUUUGUUCUGAUGUAGUGGGAUGGGGGAGUCGAGUAUGAAGAAGGGAGGAGGAUUAAGGAGUGGGAUGUUGAUUCAAACUCAAGUUGUCUUUAAUGAUGGGACUUGGCAGAAAACUCAACCAACCUACUUUCCACAUUCCCCCUCUCCAUCAGUCUCCCUAUCUUUCUCUGUCACCCAUGGCAGUCCACCUUCACUAUCUCAUCUUGUGAAACUUUGCUGGUAUAUUUGUCAGAGCCAAGAUUGCUUAAGACAGGCUCUGUACGGGUCCUGAGCCCACUGCAACACAAUGCCAAGAAGGGUUCUGCGACCGCGCUCCAUCAUGUCAAGCAUACACAUACAGAACCUGAAUCAAAUACACACAAAGAACAUGGGGCUGUCACAGCAGCAGCCUUGAAGAGGGUGGAGAUGGAGGGAGGGAUGGAGAGAGAAGAGUUGGUGUUGCAGUCUGAUUGUGUGAGCUGUGUUCAACUCAAAGCAGUGGCAUACUGUAGAACUACAGAUGAGGUAUACAUCUAGUCCCUUUUAAAAAUGAUACUGUACUAGUUAGCUUGACCAACAGAUGACAGGGAUUGUAAUGUGUACAUAUGGGAAUAGGCUAGGAGUGACUGGUCAUUCACUAGCAAUGUAGAACAAUACAACAAAACAGUGAAGUUAACAGUCAGUCUUUUACCAUUAUAAGUGUCAAUGCUAAUGGUACUAACUCUGUCCAAAGGUGUCUUUAAUAAUGUUAUCAAAGUAUGUGUUCGCUUUUCACAGCGUAUUCUCACCUGGAAUGGGUCAGUGAUCUCCAGAUUCCCAAGAGAACAACCCAGAACAUUCUGGAGUCAAGGUAGAAGUUGCUCCAAUAACCACAGAUCUAGGAUCAGAUUACACUAUCCUCAAUCCUAACCUUAACCAUUAUAGGAUGACAAGGUAUCUCACCCUGGAUCAGUGGUUAGAUCUGGGGUCAACGUGAACCCUGACCUCUUUGGACUGGCCGAUCAGAAAGCAAUAGAGCUCAUCAUACGUGCAAUAACGAGGACAUCAUAAUAAACAAUAACAAAUGA